CAUGUUCUUCCUCUUCCUUCUGCCCCCCAUCGUCCUAGACUCAGGCUACUUCAUGCCCAGCCGUCUGUUCUUCGACAACAUCGGUGCCAUCCUCACCUACGCAGUGAUCCAGGCGUCGAAGCUGGGCUGAUGGAUUUUCUGCUCUUCGGCAGCCUCAUCUCAGCUGUGGACCCUGUGGCAGUGCUGGCUGUCUUCGAAGAGGUCCAUGUAAAUGAGACUCUCUUCAUUAUUGUGUUUGGCGAGUCUCUCCUGAAUGAUGCUGUCACUGUGGUGCUGUACAAGGUCUUUAACUCUUUUGUGGAGCUGGGCCCAGCGCACAUCCAUGCCACGGACUACGUGAAGGGGGUAGUCUCCUUCUUCCUGGUGAGCCUGGGGGGCACAGCUGUGGGGCUGCUCUUCGCCUUCCUCCUGGCCCUGAUCACGCGGUUCACCAAGCGCGUGCGCAUCAUCGAGCCGCUCUUUGUCUUCCUUCUGGCCUACGUCGCGUACCUUGCUGCCGAGAUGGUCUCGCUCUCCUCCAUCCUGGCAGUUACCUUCUGUGGGAUCUGCUGCAAGAAGUACGUGGAAGCCAACAUCUCCCAGAAAUCCCGCACCACGGUCAAGUACACCAUGAAGACACUGGCCAGCAGCUCAGAGACCAUCAUCUUCAUGUUUCUGGGCAUUUCGGCUGUGGACACCUCCAAGUGGGCAUGGGACACAGCACUGGUGCUGGGCACCCUGUUCUUUAUCCUGCUUUUCAGAGCUGUGGGUGUUGUCCUCCAGACCUACGUGCUCAACCGCUUCCGCCUCAUCCCCCUGGACAGGAUCGACCAGGUGGUCAUGUCAUAUGGUGGCCUCCGCGGGGCCGUGGCCUUUGCCCUGGUCAUCCUGCUGGACAGGGCAAAGGUGAAAGCCAAGGACUACUUUGUGGCAACGACCAUCGUGGUGGUGUUCUUCACUGUCAUUGUGCAGCCAUGUACCCUCUUGCCCUCCCAGUCUUUCCCUUGCCUUCUCCUCCCAUUCCAGGGCCUCACCAUCAAACCCCUGGUGACGUGGCUGAAGGUGAAGCGCAGUGACCACCACAAGCCCACGCUGAACGAGGAGCUGCACGAGCACGCCUUUGACCACAUCCUGGCAGCGGUGGAGGACAUCGUGGGACACCAUGGCUACCAUUACUGGCGGGACAAAUGGGAACAGUUUGACAAGAAGUACCUGAGCCAGCUCCUGAUGCGGAAAUCUGCCUACAGGCUGCGAGAUGAGAUCUGGGACGUUUACUACAAGCUGAACAUCCGUGAUGCUAUCAGCUUUGUCGACCAGGGUGGCCACGUGCUCUCAGCUGCCAAGCUGGCGCUGCCCUCCAUGCCCAGCCGUACGUCCAUGUCGGAGUCGUCGGUCACAAACCUCCUGAGGGAGAGCGGGAGCGGCGCAUGCCUGGACCUGCAGGUCAUUGACACGGUGCGGAGCCGCCGGGACAAGGAGGAUGCCGCCAUGCACCACGUGCUGCGAGGGAGCCUCUACAAGCCUCGCCGGCGGUACAAGGCCAGCUACAGCCGUCACUUCAUCUCUCCAGAUAAACAAGAGCGCCAAGAUAAAGAAAUCUUCCGGCAGAACAUGAAGAGGCGGCUGGAGACCUUCAAGUCCACAAAGCAUAACGUCUGCUCCUCCAAGAGCAAGGCCAGGCUGAAGGAGAAGGGCAGGAAAAAGAAGAACAUCUCUCUGACCAGCGAGGCGCCCAAUGGGAAGACACACAGAAAUGUCCCCUGGCAGGAGGCAGGGUGCCCCAUCCUCCAAACCUACUCCCUCCAUCUGGCUGCAGCUCCUGUCCUGGUGAUGGUCAGCUCAGAGGAGGAGGAGAGCGAUAGCUCGGAGACAGAGAGAGAGGAUGAUGAAGGGAUUGUGUUCAUCGCUCGAGCCACUGAUGAAGUCCUUCAGGGAAAGACAACUCCUGGCAGCCUGGAUGUCUGCCCCAGCCCCUGCAUCAUCCCGCCAUCGCCCACCUUGGCAGAGAAGGAGCUGCCGUGGAAAGGAGACCAGGCUGAUCUGGCUGUUUACGUCUCAUCGGAGACCACCAAAAUUGUGCCAGUGGAUAUGCAGAAGGCAUGGAACCAAAGCAUCUCCUCCCUGGAGAGCAUCGCUUCCCCUCCAGGCAUCGAGAGUGGACCUCAGCACAGGAGAUUCGCCUGCCCUGUGCUGGAGGAGCAGCCCCAGUCUGCAAGCCAGGCGAUGCCAGAGCAAAGCUCCUGCUUCCAGUUCCCCAGCCACGUCUCUAAGAGCGGCCGGUCACAGAGUGACAGCAGCCCGGAUGGCGCUGAGCAGCAGGAGCUGCAACCUUUGAUGGCCAUGGAGGAGCAGGGCAGGAUGCUGCCCACUGCAGAGCCCAGGUGGCUGAUGUUCAACAGAGCAAGCCACCUCUGAAGCAGACCCUGGAUGGGGAAGGGGCUGGGGGCUGUGGACGGGCUGCAACCUGCUGACCGCUGUGCUGUCUUGCAUUGUAAAGCUUGUGUGUGUCUCCACAAACUCCAGGAGUGGCAGGAGAGCCCAGUACUCUUCCUGGAGCUGCACUCCAGGGUGGGCUUUGCUCAUGCACCUAUUGAUGCAAAAUUGGUCGAUAACUGGGCUUCAUGCUGCAGCAGCAGGUACCAACCCCUGUCCACCCAGGGAGGCACAGACCCCAAACCUCUUUCUUCCUCUCUGGUUGCUACACAUCUUCACAGCACUGGGAGGCCAGAGAUGUUCCUCCCAGGGCUGGGAUCCCAGCCGAACUCAGACGUGUCACAGCUGCGCCGCCCUGAGGUGUGUGGGUGCUGGCUAACAGGCCGUGACUGCUCGCAGGUGUAAGAGCAUGAGCUGAUCUCCAGCCUGACUGUGGGUAGGAGACCUCUGGAGAGGGCUGGGAGCGGUGGCCAAUGCACAAGAGCCCAUCCACACCCAGUGACCGAGCCAUUGACUUCAAGGGGGUUACAGGGCUGGUUCCUGACAGCAAGCAUGGAGCUCAGCCAGGAGGCCAGAGAUGGGCUCCUCGCCACUGCAGCUCUGCGUUCCCCAGGUUAUGGAGGUACCACAGAGGCGAGGCCAUGACCUUCUCAGGACUGGGAGCAGUGCUCCCGGGGUUUGGCUCCACCAGGAGCCUGACUAGUGAACGUGUACGCACAGGGACUCCUCUAGCAGCCAGCCUGCUGUGCCAGCCUCACACCUGUUGUCUGGAUGUGUUCCCAAUAGCUGCGGUGUUCAGCUUUCUGGCUUGGCUAGGAGGCAGCUGUCCCGCACAGCAUUCUUGGCAUUCACCCUGCCCACAUCCCAGUCCUUCCAGUUGCCUGGGGCCCAUCAGCUGGGAGGGCUGAUCAUGGUGAAAGGAGUGGAGUGAGCAGCAGGUAUGAAUGUACAUCAGGAACAGGGGUAAUGAGCGAGAACUGAGUGCAUCUUCUAAGGUCUGUCCCCACUCCCUGCCUCCCAACUACCCCUGGUCCCUCAUGACAGCAUGGUGAGACCUGGUGGCAAUGGCCCACACAAUGAAUUAUUCCUGGUGAGACUUCCAAGGGCUGAGAAUUGCUCCCCAAGAAUUGGCAUGCAAAAGCUCAGCACAGGGCACCAGCAAUGCAGGAGGGUUGGGGAAUGCUCCUCUUAGGUAAGAAUGGGGACUUGGGUUGUCAAUGCCCCAAAGCGGGUAAAUAACUGCCUGUUCCAGCUACGUGGGUGUGCUGAGACAGCAGGUGUCAAGAGGACACUUAAGAUGCACAAUGUGGGGCAAUCAAGCUGGCAGUACCCCCAGGCUCAGCAAAGGCCAUUCUCCUCUGUACCUGUCCCAUCAGACAAGCAUGAGGUUUUUAAAAGAUUUUUAUAUAGUUUUGCAUUUCUGGUAUGCCUUAUUCUGGUUUUGAUUUCUGAUAUUGGGCCAUACUAAAUCUCUAGCUGGGUCAGUGUUUUCUGUAGCCAUGGGCACCACAAAUGACUCAAGACUUACUAUCUUAUUUGCAAGAAUAUUGUUUUAAUGUGAAAAUAUAUGCAGAGUAUUUUGUAAUGGUCAAUAAAUUGGAGUUGGAGCAGA